AUGAUUUCCUCCCGUUUUUACUUCCUGUUUUCUAAGGGAGUCACUUAACUCAGACCAUUCCUGCCCACUAGGGCUUUGCUAUGCCAAUCCUUUUCUCUCAGUAGUUUUUACCGAGCUCCCGUUGGCUUUCAAGGCGCACCGUGAGCCUUAUCGACAACGGGACAUCAACACAAAUAUUCCGUUUAGAUGGAGGUCGGAGGAUUCAACUCAGUCGUGUCUACGGCUGUGAUGGAUUUUACGUUCAGUUUUGUUCUUGUAGUUGUUUUUAUGCCUGUUUUUACUGCCUUCCUGGUCGUUUUAGUAUCAUUUCUCGCAUUGGUUUCCUCCUCUGCUCGUUGUCCUGUCUCGACCGCUCCUUUAACUAAAGCAACAAUGUAACGAACCCGGUCGCUCGUCUGUUUCUUUUCCGCCGAGCUCGACUCCAUAGAUCUCCGAGCGCCUUUGCCGCUUUAAAGUUUAAUCGUCACGUUAACGUGUAUUUCUUCGCCAAACUUCACAAUGACCGAGCUGCAGCGGCCGACGCUGUGCUGCUGUCGGAAAGUGCUGACUGUGCCCGGUAAGUCCUGCGAGGGCGGCCGGAGUCUGACUCACUGUCGCCUGGUGGACGUCGCGUCAGCGUCCAACUUCCACAGCUUUAAACUCCGACAUUUUCAUCUGGACCUCCACCUGAAUUUCGCCGUCAAGAGGAUAACGGGGUGGCAGGUUCUGGAGCUCACACCCGUCCAGCCCGGUGUUCAGUCUCUCAUUUUGGAUACACACCCUUCGUUAUUAAUUCAUUCCGUGGACUGUAAGGUGCCCGGUGCCUCCGGUGCUCCUGAUGUGUUUCUCUCGCUCACCCACCGAGUUGAGCCGUUCACCGAUUACGGCUCCUCGCUGAACAUCAGCCUCCCUGCCGCCGUGAUCCGGCCACACCGGGCUUUCCGUGUCACCAUACGCUACACCACCACAGACGGCCCUGCGAUCUGGUGGCUGGAUGCAGAGUUGACAUGUGGACAAACUCGUCCAUUAGUCUUCACUCAGGGUCACUCUGUCUGCAAUCGGUCGUUCUUUCCCUGCUUUGACACGCCAGCCGUCAAAAGCACCUACUCUGCCACUGUCCGGGUACCAGAGGGUGUCACAGUGUUGAUGAGUGCCUCAAGAAGUGCAUACUCUAAACAGGACAGGGUUUUCCAGUUCUCCAUGGAGUACCCUGUCCCAGCCUACCUAGUUGCCCUGGUCGCAGGAGACCUUCAGCAUGCAGACAUUGGGCCAAGGAGUCGUGUGUGGGCAGAGCCUUGCAUUUUGACUUGUGCAGUCAGUAAGCUUGGUGGCAGUGUGGAGCGCUGGCUCAAUGUUGCAGAGGGGCUCUUUGGGCCUUAUGUUUGGGGAAGGUAUGACAUGGUGUUCCUUCCUCCUUCCUUCCCCAUCGUUGCCAUGGAAAACCCUUGUCUUACCUUCAUCAUUUCCUCCAUACUGGAAAGUCAGGAAUUUUUGCUCAUUGACGUCAUCCAUGAAAUUGCUCAUGGCUGGUUUGGUAAUGCUGUAACCAAUGCUACCUGGGAAGAGAUGUGGCUCAGUGAGGGUCUGGCAACUUAUGCUCAGAGACGCAUUACAACAGAGGCCUAUGGAGAAGCCUUCACCUGUCUUGAGACAGUGUUUCGUUUAGAUGCUCUGCACAGACAGAUGCGUCUGCUUGGAGAUAACAACCCUGUUAGUAAGCUGCAGGCAAAAUUUGAGCCAGGUAUAAACCCCAGCAGUCUAAUGAAUCUUUUCACCUAUGAGAAAGGCUUCUGCUUUGUUUCUUACCUCUCACAGCUGUGCGGUGACAUCAAGAGAUUUGACAGUUUUCUUAGGGCCUACAUUGAGAAGUUCAGGUUCAGCAGCGUAGUCGCUCAGGAUCUAUUGGACUUUUUCCUUGGCUUCUUCCCUGAGCUGAAGGAGAGCUGUGUCGCUCAACGAGAGGGACUGGAAUUUGAACGAUGGCUAAAUGGCUGUGGUCUUCCAUUAUGUGAACCAGAUCUCUCAGCGGGUAGGGCUCUAACAGGCCCAGUUCAGCACUUGUGUGACCUCUGGGGCACCGAUGCCCCUGACCCCCAGGUGAUUGCAACAUUUGACCUCUCCACCUGGAGCACCUUCCAGACCGUCCUCUUCCUGGACCGACUCCUAGACCGUUCACCUUUGCCUCAAGAGGUGAUGAGUCUUCUCUCAAGCUGCUACUCUGCAUUAUUGGAUGACAUGAAUGCUGAAGUCCAGAUUCGAUGGCUGCAGAUCGUGGUGCGGAACAGCUUUUAUCCCAAUCUGCCUCGGGUUCGCAACUUCUUACAUAAGCAUACCUCACGGAUGUACACAGUGCCCUUGUACGAGGAUCUGUGUGGAGGAGUGAUGAAGUGUUUUGCUGUGGAAGUAUUUUAUCAAACUCAGGCCCGUUUGCACCCUAAUUUACGCAGGACUCUACAGCAAAUACUGUUCCAAAGUAGUGUCCUCAACACCAGCACAGCCCCUUCUCUACACACAUCUCCAC